AUGACGACAUUGGAGAACAUGGUUGCUGCUAUGCAGGCCACUGUAGAGGCUCUUGGGCAACAGAUGAACAACCAUGGCAAUGACAGAAGUGGAGCUCAAGGCCCGAUGACACUGACGACCUUCUUGAAAGUUAAUCCACCUAAGUUCAAGGGAACCACUAGCCCGACUGAAGUCGACACCUGGUUUCAGGCUAUGGAGCGAGCACUGCAAGCGCAAAUGGAGGAGUUCUAUAAAAAGUACUUUCCAACUUCUGCCAGGACAGUCAAGGAACUUGAGUUGCUGCAGCUGAAGCAGGGUACUAUGUCCGUAUCUGAGUAUACUGACAAAUUUAAGGAGCUGUUUAGGUUUUUCCGUAUGUGUCAGUGGACUCCGGCAGACUAUGAGGAAUGGAAGUGUAUUAAGUAUGAAGGAGAACUCCAGAGCGAUAUCUUUAGCUCAGUGGGACCAAUGGAGAUCAGAACUUUCUCCGAGUUGGUGAACAAGAGUAGGGUUGUUGAAGAAUGUGUGAAAAAAGGACUGGACUGGUUAGCUGAGAACCAUGUCCUGCUCAACUGUUCUGCAAAAUCGGUGUACUUUAUGCCUGAAGAUACAUGA